AUGACUCCAACGUCUGAGAAGAAGAAGAAGGUUAGUUGUAGCUAUAUCCACGAUGACAUUGCUAUAUCUAUUCUCUCUAAACUCGCUAUUAAAUCUCUCAAGCGAUUUACUUGUGUUUCCAAAUCAUGGUCUCUUUUAUUUCAAAACCCUAAUUUCAUCAACUUGUUCCGCAACAAUCUUGUUUCCAAAUCUCACGAUGAUGAUGAUGAUGAUGAUGUGUGUUUCCUCUUCGUCUCGUACGCGUUUAUGAGUUUCUUUUAUUUGGUUUCUGGCGAGAGGUUUCAGAAUGUGGUAAACCGGGAUCCGCUGCUUCCAUUUGAGGAUCAAAUUUGUAGGCUUUUUCGUCCUCGUAUUUUUUGUUCCGCUAUUAAUGGCAUUGUUUGUGUUUAUAACCAUUGCGAUCAUAGCGAGGUAGCACUUUGGAACCCUGUUACUCAGGAAGUUAAGGUAAUCCCUCCUGGUCUUGUAGAGUGUCUAUCUAAUAUUCAUGUUUAUGGUACCCUUUGUCUUCAUGGAUUUGGAUAUGACCAUGUCAAAGAUGACUACAAGCUUAUUCGUCAUGUUGGUUAUCGGUAUAUACCUGAUAUUUAUCCUCGGAAAGAAGAUUUUCCUAUGCUACCUAACUCAUUCUGGGAGAUAUAUAGCCUAAGAAGUAACUCUUGGAGAAAAAUUAUUGUUGAUAUACCAAUUCCUCACUUUCGUUGUUUAGGCUCUAAAGUGUACUUGAAUGGGGUGUGCCAUUGGUUGGCGGUUUCAGAUAAUGGAACAACUUUUGUUGUGUCAUUUAACUUGACCAAUGAUGUGUUUUUCACUACACCAAUAGAUUGGCAUCAUCGUUCUUCUUUUAGAUUGGCGGUGUUAAAUGGGUUCAUAGCGAUGAUCACACGUUAUCAUGCUACCGAGUCUUACACCAUAUCAAUUUUGGGUGAGAUUGGUGUCAAGGAAUCAUGGACUAGACUCUUCGAUAUUGGACCUUUAUCUUAUGUUAAUGAUAUUAUUGCAGUCGGGAAGAAAGGAAAUAUAUUCUUAAGUAUAGAGAAUGGUAAAAUAGCUUGCUUUGAUUUAACAACCAAGGUGAUUGAGGAGAUCGGUUUUAAAAGAGAAAUUCAUAUUUGUCAAAUAGUACAUUACAAGAAAAACCUUGGUCCAAUUGGAGGAAUAAACAGUUAA